GGUGGGAACGCUCUCUGAGCUGCCUUCCGUUCCCCGUGCCUGCCCCGAGCGUCGGUGCGUGCUUGGAGGCGUCCUGGUGGCUUUCGUUGUUGUGUGUUGGGGCUGACGCGCGUUGGUGGAAGUUCCGCGUUGGCGUUGGCAGCGCCUCCCGGUGCAGAUGGUCGGUAACCACCACGCUGCUGGCGGGGAGGAUCGCGGCCAGCAUCCCGGAAGGGCUGUGUCACUGCGGCAUUCAGCGCUUGGUUUCGUUUAACAGGAAAAUGUGCUUACUUAAAUUAAAAUGAAAUUUCCAGUGAGAAGUAUGUCUAGGCUGAUAGUUCUGAUGGGAUUAUAAACAAUCAUAAGGUGAGCCUCAGAGUCAGAAGCACUGGAGCCGAGGAACUUUUGUUGAAGAAAACCAGAACCACAGAAUUCUUCACUGAGAAUUUCCUCUUCACUUCCUUAAUCUGAAAGGGUGGAUACCUUCAAGCGAAGGUAAAUCUUCAAACUGCUCCUGCAGCGAUUGCUACCAGUUUAAAAUAUUGAGGAUUUUUUAAACCUCACAAUAAUAUAAGUUUAACUACAAUAUACAGAAAACGUGGAGCCUGUUACAGAGUUCAAUUAUUUCUUAUUCACAUUGACCUCCUCUUUAUGGAGAGGACAACAAACAGGUAAAUUUUCUAGCGUAUUCUUCCCUACUUUCAGGUGUUCCUCUGUUGGAGAAGAACAGAUGUUCAAAUCCCUCCAUAAGAUGUGUGCUUUGCUGUGAGGCCCCAAAUACUGUUCUAGUCUGUGUUACUAUGACUAACGUUUUUCUUCUGCAGUAUCUAUAUGUUAUCCAGAAAACCAUAAACCAGUCUGAGGUUACCAGUUUCCUCUGCUCUGUCUGAGCCUGCCGAGGGCCUGAGCUGUGCCUGGGUGAUUUUCUCCCAGUUAGGGAGUCAUACAGAGCUAUGUAUCCAGAUAUUUUUAAAACAAGAUAUAAUAGAUUUAACAGUAUGAUUCAAUCAUUAACAGGAAAUUGCAGGGAUGCAAACAAACUGGUUUGGCAGGUGAUGGGAAAGAAACAGCUGUCUCAUCACAUUUAAGCUGAACAUCUGAGGCAAAGGAAGCCUGACUUCUAAGGCAGUUGCACAGCACCUAUGAGGUGUUGCUGUAGAUUUCUUUAACUUGAUGUUGAGACCCACUGUGCCUGAGGUAAGCUAUGCCUAGACUUAUAUGGAUGGCUUGUGCUGCUUUUUACAGUUGAUCUGUUUCUCUGAUAAAAAGGGAUUCUGAAUAGUACUUAAAAAUAUUUUCUCCACGUUUCUGGUAAUGCAGACAGUGAACUAGUAGAUAAAGGCCUGUGUCUUGGAGAAACCUAGGGAAGCAUGAAUAAUGUGCUAAUGUGGAUAAAAGUUUAUUUUAAGCUGGAAACUCUAGUAUAACAACUGAAGAUCCUGUAAGACAAACAAACAAACUUUAUGGCAGCAUGUCAAGUGUAAGGUGUAGAAUAUCUUCUUUGCUGAUUAUUGCUUCAGAUUUGAGGACAAACAUGCGGCACAGUAGUGGAAGGAAGCCCCAUGUAGGUAAGUGGGUGCAGACUGCUUGUUAUAGGAACUUUAGUACUUCUCAGUGUUACUAGCUGCUGUAAUACAUACUCUCAGGGCAAGUCUGGUAGGCAGAUUCUUGCAGUUCUUCAGCUUUUUUUUCUCUGGUUGUCCUUACCCUCUGUAUUUUUGCGGGUGAUGUGAUGAUAAAGGCAGGACAGACAACAGCACAGCCUGUUAAUGUACCCAUUUACAAACUCCUCAACUGGCCUAUGUUACGUGAAGCUUUUUUUAGUUCAUGGAAUUGAAACUAUCCUUUUCUUCUGCUUUUCACUGACUUUAUUCAUUCAUUUUACAACUGUCGCACAAGACUCUGGUUUUUCUAGGAAUAUGAUGCCUUCAAACAUGAAAGAGCUGUUAGUAUCUUGCUGAAUUACAGCUUUCCAAAAAAUGUCAUAUUUGCUGAUGGCUCAGAAGUAUCUUAGCUCUCUUGAAGGGAAAGGACACCUGAAAAUUAAGAGGGUUGCUCCAUAAUGGACUCGUAUCUAUUUGUGAUGAUUUCACAGUAACUCAACCUGGAGAACAGCUAGAGGUAGAGCUUAGUAGCACUCGAUUUUUAUCAGUCUGUCUAUUUUAGACAAACACAGAGAUGGUCUGAGCUGACAUAACCUCUAGUUUUGAAAGCAUGCGGAUAAUGGAAAGAUACUUCAUUCAAGUCAAUGAGAUACAUAAGAUCCUUCAAAUUUUCUUUGAAUUUUCUUGACAUUUCACAGUUGAAAAAAAGGAACGCUUAGUUGGGAAAAUGUUUAUUUUAAAUAUUUUGCUCAGAUCUAGUGAUUUUCUAGGAUCAGAUAAUGUGAUCAAAUGAUCUUUGUGCUUUCUUGGGAAUAAGGGAGGCCCAAUAAACUGUUUUCCUUGCCCUGUUAUUCUGUGAGAAUCCUCUCUUUUGGAAACACUGCAUCAAUUAUGUCUAGCCACACGAAGUGCCCUGUUCCUUUUUUGUGUCUCUUGAAAGUACUUUUAUUCUUUGCACUACUGGUAACUAAUUUUUUCUAGUAGCACCUGCUGUACACUCAUAUGUUUUCAUCUGUAAAUAAUCCAAAAUCUGCUUUAUGCUUUUAUGCAGGUAUUGCCAUAUUCCUUUUUGCUGAGUCUUCCAGCAGGAAAUGAAAACUAUAUAUCUGUUCCUCCUUUCCAUUCUAUAUUUGCUUCUAAAACCCACUAGCAGCAGAGGAGUUAUAUUUGGCCAUAAUCAUUUCACUGAAUAUCAAGUGGGCAACAUGAACCUGAUCCUCUCUGUCCCACAUGGUGGGUCAAUGGAACCUGAAGACAUCCCUGAUCGAGAGGCUGGCUGUUGGGAUGCAGAGACAUCUUGUAUUUUCUCUCAUGAGUGUCCUCCUGGAAGCAUUCAAAAUUAUGAGAAGUGUAAAGUAUCUACCAAACAAGACAGGUACACCAUAGAAGUGGCUCAGGCUCUUGCUGAGGAAAUCAACAAAAUUACUGAUGGUUUCUUUCCACAUGUUGUUAUAAACCACCUACAGAGGUUCAAGAUGGAUGCCAACAGGGAAAAGGAAGAAGCCUCCUUUGGAGUUCCCCAAGCAGAACAGGCCUGGGAGGAUUACAUGGAAUUCUUGACCACUGCAAAAUCACAGAUGACAGGGGGCCUGAUUCUGGAUAUCCAUGGACAAGCACAUCCCGAACAGUGGAUAGAAUUAGGUUAUACACUUUCAAAAACUUCUCUUAAUUUGGGUGUCCUUUCUGCAUCAAAUUCCUCCAUUAGAUAUCUGGCCAAUCAGCUAGUCGGUGUGUCUUUUGAGACUCUGCUUGCAGGGAACAGAAGUUUGGGUAAAUAUAUUGAAGAACAAAAUAACAGUUACGUUUGUGUGCCUUCUCCAUCCAAUCCUAGACCAAAUAAUGGGAACUAUUAUAGUGGCGGAUACAUAACAAAGACUUUUGGCUCCCGUAGUUCUGGUGUUGUUGAUGCCAUUCAGAUUGAACUACCACAGUGGGUGAGGGCACCUGAGGAACGUCCCAAAUUCUGUAAAGCUCUAGCAAAGGCUGUAAUGAAAUUCUGGCAAACUAACUACUGCAGUCAGUUCAAGCAUGAGUUACUGCCAUGCUGAAAAAAGUUAUCUUAAUUAAGAUACCUUUCCAUAAUGUAGUAAUGAUCUGAAACAACAGAACAACUGAUACACCUAGAACACUUAAGCCUGAAAUAUAACUGUGGAUGCUGGAGGAAAAAUAGCCUCCAAAGGAAUACAGAGACAUCAACAGAGAAAAUUCACAGCUAAUACUCAACAAGCCUAUUAACAAACAGCUUUGUGCUAGAUCCAGCAUUGAAAAGACUGUCUGAAAGAUAUCUGUGGAACUAUCAAUUGUCUGAUAAGCUUUUCUGUUCUUAAUUUCUUUCUAGUAGCAUGCUCUGUUCUCUAGGAUACAAUAAGUGUCUAUUCUUCUAAUUAAUUCUGUAUAGUGCAGUGCUUUAGUGGAUUGUCUGUUCAAUAAAAUUGAGUAUCUCUGCUUUUCUUCUGACGCUUAAAAAAGGCAAAAGAAUGAAUUCAUUCACUACUUCCCAGCAGCAGGCAGAUAUUUACCCACUACCUGGAAAGCAGGGCCAUGGCACACAUAGUGGUUAGUUAAGAUGAUGAACACCUUAAUCACCUCACCUUUCUCCUCCUUUUCCCACUCUUUUAUUGCUGAGCAGGCCAUUAUGUGGUGUGGGAUAUCUCUGGUAAGUUCAUGUUAGCCAUACCAGAUGUGGUCUCUCCCAUCUUCUCCUGCACUUCCAUCCUAUAGCUUGAGAGUGGGGAAAAAAAACACCUUGAUGACACAGGCAGCUCUCAGCAAUAGGCACAACAGUGUUCUGUUAUCAUGCUUUUUUAAUCACAAGUCAAAACACAGUCGCAUAUGGACUGCAAUGAAGAAAACUAGCUUAAUCCUAGCCAGAGUUAGUACAUUUCUUACUCUCUAAAGACAUCUGCAUGGCAGCAAUAGCAGUAUUUUUGCAUAUUUAUGGCUCUGAAUAUUUAAAGCAGUUAAUCACAGUAACGUGCUUUUCAUUCUUAACCAUCAACAAGUAGAGUGAGAUGGAAUGAGAACUGUCUUGUUAUAAUCAUGCUAGAAUUUUUUCUCUGCUUGAAGAACUGGGAAAGAUGUAAAGAUUUUAUUUCUAUAUGCUCAAGGAACCUGCUAAACCACUUGCCUUAAGAUGAACAUAAUGCUUAUGUGUCUUGAUUCUGUUCUCCACUGAGCUCUGACUCCAUUGUCAAUCCAGUUUGAGAGGACAUCUCAGGUUUGUUCCACUGAGGAUCUGUAGAAAUAAAUUGCAAAAUUUCGAGAGCUAAUAAAUAUAUACAUGCGAUCAGACCACUUUAUACUGUUUUGUAACAACACAGACAAAAAAAAUUGUUGUGCAUGUAGCUCACAAAAAAAUCUGAUCACAUUUUAUGUAAAUCUGUUAUGGUGA